UAAAGCAGCUGCAAAAUGAGCCAAAUGUUUUUGGCACUCGCUUGUGCACUGCUGACUUUAUUGUGCUGUCACAGUCUGCUGGCAGCCACUGUGCGUCCCUACAAGUUCGGCUUCACCAUAGAGGAGCAGCAGCAUCGGUCCGAGAGUCGAGACGAGAAUGGAAUUGUAAUGGGCGAAUUCGGCUUUAUCACCGCCGAUGGCAUCUACCAUGUAACUGUCUAUGCGACUGACGAGAAUGGCAAAUUUCGCAUCAUCUCCAUGAAGAACUUUCCGUAUGCGGGUCCCAAGGCGCCCAAGAGCCCGCCGCCCACGACGAGCACGCAACGCACCCCGACGCCUGUGACCAAGCACAAUUUCCAUACGGUCGCCUGUUCGGGCUGCUUCUUGGGCAACUCCUCGCCAGAAACGAAGAGCAACCCUGCGAGUGCUGAAGGCAAUCGCAGUACGAAAAACGAGAUACGUCCGCUCUCGCAGCCGCUGUCCCCGGCGGCAGCCGCUGUGCCAGGUGAGCAGUUCAUAGGUCACACGCACACACAGACACGCACACAACAGACACACACACAGAGUGGAGUGCUUGGCCAGGCGAUUUUGGAGAAUGCGGAUGCUUUGCAGGAGGCAUCCGUACAUCUGGCCAUUCUAGCUGAGCACCCGGAUUCGAUUAGCUCUCAGCUGACACCAGGAGCAGCACCCACGACUGCCACGCCCACAGAUGCGACGACCACACUAGCACCGGUGGUGGUCAAUGCGCAAACUGUGGCCUUAUCGCAUGCCAUUGCCAAGGUGCAGGGUAUGCUGGUAACGAGCAGACCCAGCACCUCCGCCUCAGCGCCGCUGCCACAGCAUCUGCUACCAGAGAUCAUUCUCAGCUCUGCGGUAGAGCAAGUUCAGAAGCUGGCAAGGAUUCCGCUUGCUGCGACGGGGCCAAAGGACUUGGCUAAUUUUGCCUUUGGACCACAGCCAGGAAAUAGMCAGCAGCAGCAGCUUCAUGGAGCUCAACGCCUCAAUGAGAACGUGGUGAAGUCCGUGAAACAGUUGGUGCUACCAAUAGCCCAUAAGACAGUGGAGCGCUUGACCAGGCUUCCGCCUGCAUCAACUAAAGCCAAGGAUUUGAAUAGCUUUGCCUUUGGUCCACAGCCAGGUAAUCAGCCGCAACAGCAGCUGCUGUCCAACAAGGCGCUCGAGGCUCAACGCCUCAAUGAGAACGUGGUGAAGUCCGUGAAACAGUUGGUGCUGCCAAUAGCCCAUAAGACGGUGGAGCGCUUGACCAGGAUUCCGCCUGCAUCAACUGAAGCCAAGGAUUUGAAUAGCUUUGUCUUUGGUCAACCACCAGCGAACAGGCAGCAAUUGCCGUUAACCAAGGUCGAGGCGCAGCUUCCCAAAGGAAAUACGUUGCAACCAUUUGCAAAAGUAGAGCUGCUGCCCAGGAUUACGCCAGCCGCAACGGGAUUUAAGGAUAUUAAAAACCUUGCAUUUGGAAUUUUGACCUCUAGCAAGCAGCAGCUGCCCCCAGCUAAUGCUAAGCAAGGCUUAGUCAAGGCUCCAGGCGUCAGUGGCAUUGGACUAAGCAGCUUGGCACUGCCUGGCAUCGGGAAUCAGCAGUUGAAGGAUAAUACUUUGACACCCACACCGCCACGUGUUAAGUCAGUUCAACAACCAAUCAGUACAGUUGGCAAUGCGGCAGCUCGACCAGCCGUGACAGCGACCCAGCAACAACAACAACCAACGCCACUAACCGGGGCUCAGCCAAACCAGCGACCGCAACCAGUUAGCAGCAGCUUUGCCAAUUUAAAGCCUAACGUAGGUGCAACUCUGUCGCAACCAGCUACAGGCAACUCAGCCAACUUCAAGCCAACCUUAGGUGGAACUCAGGCUCAGCAGAGACCGCAACCGUCAGGCGGCAGUUUAGCAAGUUUCAUACCAACAGCAGCAGUUCAGCCAGCCGUGACAGGAACCAAGCAAAUACAACCACCAAGUAGCGGCUCAGCAACUUAUACGCCAACAAACACCGCACCGCAGUCAGCAACCAACAAAGCAUCGAAGUCAACAACCAGCACAGGAGCGGCUGGAAGUGCUGAUCUAUCCGGCGACUUGUACAAAUUCAAAUACCUGCUAGACUACAAUGGACACGAGGAGACUGGUAGCCGGAAUGGCGAUAAGGUGGGCAACUACUUUGCCAUCGGCGACGAUGCUGUCGAGCGUAUAGUCGAGUAUAUUGCGAACGAGUUCGGUUUCCAGCCGCACAUCAGCUGGCGCAAACUGGAGGGAAAAGAGGCAUCACUGCCUGCCGAGAACUCCCUGAAGCACUACGAGUUCAAGUGGUUCAACAAGGACUCCGAGUAAAAUAAUAACUAUGCCAAUUAGUGACAGAUUACAUGUAAAUAAAGUAAAAUGAAGAAAGGAUUAGAAAAACA